AAGCUCCUGCCCUGCGGAAACGUCUCCGGGGCAGCCCAGCCCGGCCGGACGCGCCGGCGGAGGGAAACGGGCGGGUGGUGGAAGCUGACCGCUCCCGCGGCCUGCGGGCCCGCCCUUUUCUAGCACCUCGGUCCUGGAUGUCACACACUUGGCCUUGGGCUCAGCGUCCGAGAGUGAGGGGGCUGUCCCUUUUUCAUGGGAGAGAUUACAUCAGGCUGUAGUAUUCCCUCAUCACGUGUCUGCAAAAAAAAUGAAGCUCUGAAUGAGAUAAACUUUUUUCUGGCUGCCUUCAAAUCUUUUAACUCUUUUAGCUGUCAAAUGUGUUCUUCCAGCAGUACUGAUGUCAGAAAUAGGGUUGUUGCCACGUUUGAUUUGGAGGAUAUAAUAAGUGAACUGCCAGCUCAUGAAAGCAGACUGAGCCCUCCGCAGAUCCUUUGUACACACACAGGUCCCUGCACAGAGCACUUGGAAGAAAUGGGGCCUAAGCUGAGCCAGCAAAUUUACUGCCUUCUCAUUUAAGCACAAGUCUUAUCUCUACACAGAAACAUCAGUCAAACAAGUCCUGUACUUGUUAUGUAAAAGCUUCGAGCUUGUAGAGGAAAACUUCAAUUGCAUGAUUUAGUGUGUAUCCUUCAUUUGACAGAGUAUUCCAGAGACCUUCUGUGACUGUUUUCAAGGUAGUUCCACUUUAUGAGGUUAUGGGAGAGAAGGAGCCAUGUCAGAAGAAGCUGUUACUGAGGCACGAUUUUCUCUGAAGACAGUAGCUUUACGGAUAAAGCUUUCCCCUGGGUUAAAGAAGCUUUUCACGGUAACAGCAGUGAGUGCAAUAUCUGUUAUUUUUCUGGCCCAUCACUUUAAAAGAAGACGUGGAAAGAAAAACAAGAAAGUGCCACCAUGGGAACCAAGUCAUCUAGUAUUAGAGUGUACCAAAGCAGCUGCAUCAGAAAAAGGUUCUAGUUGUUCCAGUAGUCGUCAAAACUUGACUCUUUCUCUGAGCUCUGCCAAGGAAAAAGGAUCUCAGUCUUGUAUCUAUGCAAAUGGAGGACUUUUCAGUAAAUACUCCGGUUCAGUUCAAAGCCUGGCCUCGGUUCAGAGUGCCACCUCUUGUCACAGUUGUGCUUGUGCCAAUUCUAAUUCCUGGGAUAAAGCAGAUGAAGAUGAUAUUAAACUUGUCAAUAUUCCAGUGACCACACCUGAAAAUUUAUAUUUGAUGGGUAUGGAGCUUUUUGAAGAAGCACUGCGUCGAUGGGAGCAGGCACUGACUUUCCGUAACAGGCAAGUUGAAGAUGAAGCAAGUUGUGGUUCCAUUAAGCUGGGAGCAGGAGAUGCAAUUGCAGAAGAAAGUGUAGAAGAUAUCAUUAGUGCUGAAUUCAUUCAUAAGCUUGAAUCGCUUCUUCAAAGAGCUUAUCGUCUUCAAGAGGAGUUUGAAGCCACCCUUGGGGCCUCUGAUCCUGCUUCUCUAGCUAAUGAUAUUGAUAAAAAUACAGACAUUACCGUAAAGGAUAAUACUGAUGAUUUCUGCCUUCGAGAUACAUUAAGCAUUGCAUCAACAGACUCCUUUGUUUCCACAGCUGAGCUUACGGAGCACAGAGAGGUUCGUAAUACGUAUGGUCUAGAUUCCCUUUGCCAUUGCCCAUUGUAUGAAGAAGCUAUGCACCUAGCAGAAGAAGGCAAAAUUUAUUCACGAGUGUUAAGGACUGAAAUGUUUGAAUGCCUAGGAGACAGUGACUUCCUUGCUAAGCUUCAUUGUAUUCGACAAGCUUUUCAGGUAAUUCUUUCAGAAACAGCAAACAGAGUAUUUCUUGCUGAAAGUGGAAGAAAAAUUUUGUCUGCUUUAAUUGUGAAAGCACGAAAGAAUCCAAAGAAAUUUGAAGAUGUCUUUGAUGAAAUGAUAUAUUUUUUGGAACAAACGGAUCACUGGGAUAAUACUGAAAUGGAACUUGCUGCUAGAGGAGUGAAAAACCUGAAUUUUUAUGAUGUUGUUCUGGACUUCAUAUUAAUGGAUUCAUUUGAAGAUUUAGAAAAUCCACCAAUAUCUAUACAGAAUGUAGUAAAUAACCGCUGGCUAAAUUCCUCUUUUAAAGAAACAGCUGUGGCGUCAAGCUGUUGGUCAGUACUGAAGCAGAAAAGACAGCAAAUGAAGGUGCCUGAUGGAUUUUUUGCACAUUUCUAUGCCAUAUGUGAACAUAUCAGCCCUGUUUUGGCGUGGGGCUUCUUGGGGCCUAGAAAUUCCCUUUAUGACCUAUGCUGCUUCUUCAAGGAUCAAGUGCUUUUCUUCCUCAAAGACAUUUUUGAUUUUGAAAAGGUGAGAUACUCAACUAUGGAGAGUUUGGCUGAAGAUCUUAUGCAACUGUUAAUCCGACACACUGAACUUUUAAUGGCCUAUCUUGGAGCAGAUUCACUGAGACAUGUCAGUGCUUGUGUAAGUGGUCAUGGGCAUGUCAUGACCAGUGGGCUUUUAGAAGCAAAAGUACAGUAAGCUUGAAAUCCAUGAUAAAUGAGAUGGGAGUGCACUUUGACGUACUCCUUCACACCUAUUUCUCUAACGCCGAAGCUAUCAUUGCUGUUACUGAGCAAGCAUCUGAAAAUGUAUCAUGUUGCUAAGUAUGGAAGAGGACUCAGGGAGGUUAAAUGUACAUCUGUGAGAAGAACUGGUGAGCAUAUUACUGCAUUUACCUAAAUUAAUUUUGCAGCUCAGCUGUCACUGUAUUUAUACUUAAUGUAUCCCAAAGCUUUUUUCCGUAAUAUAUGGGUAAAGUUUAUUUAUGAAGUACUGUACUUUUGCACAGAUAAUUUGUAAGUGAAGCUGAUGGAGUUGUUUCCUUUAAAGGCUUAUAGUACAGAAUGUUCAUUACAGAGUCUCCAAAUCAUUGUGUGUCUAGAUCUAGAAGGUGUUUUGACUGGGUAUAUGCAGUGAACAUGCAUAUUCAUGUGAACAUGCAAUAAAGUAACCACACUCACAAAAGUGAACAUGUUUCCACUGCCAUGAAAUUACAUUUGUGUGGGUGUAAGCAGUCACUUUGUACUACAGUGUAAAAAAGCAAUGCGGGAAAUGCAGGCACCUUCUGGGCAGGAAUGACUUCCAGUAUGUAUUUUUUACUUUAUUUUGUUUUAAAAUGUCUAAACAUCAUCAAGGUGGUUGAAAGCACUUACUUAUAUUCAAAAAGCUAUGCUAGCUUCACCAGGUGAUUUAAAACUUUUCCUUUUUCUCAAACUCUUACUACUUUAUAUAGUGGUGGUAAAGAAACCAAUACCAUUCUCAGUUCAUAUGUAGCAUUUCAAAAUAUAUUUUUACAUAAAGAUGUAUGAUGAGAUUUGUUAAUCAUGAAACAGAAAUGAAGGUGGUGUUUUAUAAUUUAAAAGCAUUUCUGUCUUCCCCCCUUCCUUGUAGGAAGUCAGGUGUCUAUUUAAGAGGAAAUUUAAGCAAUUGUGGCCAUCUGUGUGCAAUGAAAAACCGUGGCUCAGGGUAUGGAAUCCUGAGCUUUAGACAGGAGCACAGAACAGUAAGAGGGAUUUGCAGUGAUGGUUUUUUCUGUGCUAGAAGUAAUCAGUGAGGAUGAUCUUUGAAUGUGUGUAAACUGAAGCAAUGUUUCAUAGUGAGCUUAGGCUCUUAAACUACAUUUAUAUAUGCUUUGCCACCCAAAAUCUGCCCACGGGAAUCUAUCCUGCGUCAGGUAAUACAGAGUAAGUAAGGAUGGAGUAAUUCGAAAUAGUCGGAUACUUGAGAAGCAUGCUGCUCAAAUCUAGCAUAUUGAAACAAACUUCAAUUAGAAACGUUUCAACUUUUGUUGCAAACACAACCCAAAAUGAUGGUAUUAGAAAAGGAGUGCCUGUGUAAUUCUGUAGAUUUUACUGAAGCUGACAUUUUUCUCCUUUGUUGUACUCAUUUGAUAAAUAUAAAAAUUAUGAAAAUGUGUCAUAUGACUUCUGUGAAAAGCCAACUGAUUGUAGGUUAUUAAAAAAAGUAUAUUUCUAUGUGUAACAGAAGAGAAAUUCCAAAUGCUUCUGUUGGCCUAUUUCCACCAUUCAAGUCACUGGACUUGGCACCAUGCUCCAUGCACAAAGUGUAUCCUCAGUGCUGGAAAGUGACAUUUUUUUCACCCAUCUUGUCUUAGCUUAAACAUACUUAUCUGCUCAAAAGUAUCUGUAUUUUGGCAGCUUUUUGCAAAUCUAUGAAUGAAAUUAUGUGGAACAGUAAGUUGUGUUGUUGGGUUCAGAAUCAAUAGGAACAGCUGGAAAUAGAAGUAACAGAGUAAAUGGCAUAUCCACCGCAGAGGAGAUUGCAGUGUGUCAAAAGAAACUGUCUGCUGUGGUUUGUCUGGUCUAAUAAAAUGAUAUAAGAAAAUCAUACCUUAACAUUCACCACAGAAAGGCAGAAAUGUACUUUUUCACAGAAGUAAGUGUAUAUUGAAGUGAGCCAUUUUCAUAUUAUUUAUAAAAAGCUUCUGAAGAAAGUGCAACAGCAUUGCACAUGAGAUGAUAAAUGUUUCCAGAUAAUUUAAUAGUUGGUCUUCUGUCAAAACAGAAAGGAUUUUUUAAAACAGAAGAAUGAAAAAGGUCUAAUGAAGCAUCAAUAUGUUUAGAAGGUGGGUAAGAACCUGAUAAUAUCUGGCUUAAACAAACGUAUCCCUUUAAAUCAGGAGCACUCCCAUGCACUUGUAAAGCUCUCAAAAGUCCAUAAAAUUGGGUUGGCAAUUGAACUGAUGUAUUUCCCAUCCAAAAUAAGAAUUACAGUAUCUUGUAGUGUAAGAUACCACCAACAAAUAUUUGAUUCAGAAACAGUUAAAAACGGAAGAAAGAGAGAGGGAGGAAGAAAGGGAGAAAAAGAGAGAAGAAGAGGGAAAUGUGCAGGUUCAUGUGGGUAGGCUUUUGAUCACCUCUGGGUCUUUUUGGACCUUUUCCCAAAAAGCAUUCAUAUGUUCUUCCUUCCUAACUCCAGAGACAGAACUAUAAAUUUAAAUGGGAGAUAGCUGCAAUCAGUUCUUUCAUAACCUAAGGUUUAUACACCUUAGUUAGAAGUCAUAUAAGGAGUAUCUGUUGAUAACCAGCCGUAUGGCUUAAGAACGUCAAAGAUCCACCGUCUUUAAAAACAUGAGUGCCAGAGCUGCACCAGAGCACUGACAGUAUGAUGCAAUUCUACUUCAGUGAAUUCAUAAUCAAAAUCAGAAUUUAGUUUAUAAUCUCCAAAUUUUAAAACAGUUUGGAAUGCCACUUUCCAUGCUAAUAAGACCAAGCUAAAUUUAAAAGCCAUCCUCUGCUGCCAUAACUGUACUCCUGAAAUUGGAAAUGUUGAAUGUGUAGGGAUUAUGCAAGAUUCAAAUAUUUAUAUCAUUUGUAAUUUAGUUGGAAUAAUAAUCUCAUUUUUAAUGUGUUCUUAAUGAUUAUUAUACUUCACUUUUGUAGUCUUUGGUUUAUAUCAAACUAAAUGUGUCAAAUCAAGUGUCAGAGUAAGUGUAUUUGUGAACUUUCUAUUGCCUAAAUGAACUGCAGCUGUGUAUAUUAAAUAAAAUAUUUCAGUGAAACAA